AGAGGGGCAAGGCAAGGGCAGAUCCUAUGAAGAAACAGUGAGGGGAGGCGUAAAAAAGUUCUGCUCUGCUCAGGGCACAUACCAGCAUAUGAAAUAGAGUUACAGCAGAGUUUCAACGCAGCACUUCAUGAGAGCAGUGGAUCUUAUUCGACUUUACCUGCGCUUCACCUGCAGCUGAUCUGCUCUGCAACCUGGAAGACCCGCACUGACAGGCUUUUUUGUCUCUCUUCAGUGUCUAAACCUCAACUUGUCAAACCCACACAGCAGGUGUCAACAUGCUGGACCAGGUUCUGUCGUUCAGCCGCUCCCUGGUGCGCAGGAAAGUGGUCGACAUGAGCAACCUGGAGGACUCCAAGCUGUGCCGCUGCCUAGGAACUGUCGACCUCAUCGCCCUGGGAGUUGGCAGCACUUUGGGCGCCGGUGUCUACGUCCUGGCUGGAGAGGUGGCCAAAGGUGACUCCGGCCCCAGCAUAGUGAUCUCCUUCCUAAUCGCUGCCUUAGCCUCCGUCAUGGCCGGCCUGUGUUACGCUGAAUUUGGUGCUCGCGUCCCCAAAACUGGCUCUGCUUACCUUUAUAGCUAUGUGACUGUUGGAGAGAUCUGGGCCUUCAUCACUGGGUGGAACCUCAUCCUCUCCUAUGUAAUUGGUACCUCCUCAGUAGCCAGGGCUUGGAGUGGCACAUUUGAUGAAAUGAUAGGAGGCCACAUCGAGGUUUUCUGUAAGACGUACUUCAGCAUGAACUCUCCGGGUCUGGCGCAGUACCCAGACUUCUUUGCCGUCUGCCUGAUACUGUUGCUUUCUGGACUCCUGUCGUUCGGGGUGAAGGAGUCCGCCUGGGUCAACAAAGUCUUCACUUCAGUCAACGUGCUCGUACUGUUGUUCGUCAUCAUUUCUGGUUUCGUCAAAGGAGACUCGGAGAACUGGAAGAUUUCUGAAGAAAGCCUAAUAAAUGUCACCAUAGUUAAAAGGAACUUGUCAGUGACGGCCAAUGUGACCAGUGAUUAUGGAGUUGGAGGAUUUAUGCCUUUUGGCUUCAGUGGGACCUUAGCCGGAGCUGCCACUUGCUUUUAUGCUUUUGUUGGAUUUGACUGCAUUGCAACCACUGGCGAGGAAGUGAGGAACCCUCAGAGAGCCAUUCCCAUCGGCAUCGUGGUGUCGCUGACCGUGUGCUUCCUGGCGUACUUCGGUGUGUCAGCUGCGCUCACACUGAUGAUGCCUUACUACCUGCUGGACGAGAAGAGCCCUCUGCCUAUGGCCUUUGAGUAUGUGGGCUGGGGCCCUGCCAAAUAUGUUGUUGCUGCAGGUUCACUGUGUGCCCUCUCCACCAGUCUGCUGGGCUCCAUUUUCCCCAUGCCUCGUGUUAUCUAUGCUAUGGCACAGGAUGGGGUGCUUUUCAAAGUCUUAGCCCGAAUCAAUCCUAAGACGAAGACCCCACUUAUUGCCACUAUGACCUCCGGUGUAGUAGCAGCCAUCAUGGCGUUCCUGUUUGACCUGAAGGCUCUGGUUGACAUGAUGUCCAUUGGAACUCUGCUGGCUUACUCCCUGGUGGCUGUGUGUGUACUGAUUCUAAGAUACCAGCCUGAUGGAGCCAUGGGGCGACGGGCAGGCCCUGGUGAGAAGGACUACCUGUCCUCUGAGGAGGGCGAGUCUGACCUCACAGAGUCCGAGUCUCACCUUAACAUGCUGAAGGGGGGCAGCUCCACCCUGCAGGCUGUCCUUCGUCCUCCUGCCUCUCCCUCUGAGCAUUCCUCCAGUGUGGUCAACAUGUCCGUCUGUGUGCUCGUGCUGGUAGUGUGCGUGAUGAGCUAUCUCACCACGUACCACAUCUACAACAUCCUCGAUUUGGAGAUAUGGAUCCUGGCCUCGCUUUUGUUGUGCCUCCUCAUCUUCAGCUGCUGCGUCUUCAUGGUCUGCAGACAGCCUCAGACCAGCAAGAAGGUCUCCUUCAUGGUUCCCCUUCUGCCUUUUCUGCCAAUUGUGAGCGUAUUUGUCAAUAUUUACCUCAUGGUGCAGCUUAGUGGAGAUACUUGGAUACGUUUCUCUGUGUGGAUGGCUGUGGGCUUCCUGAUCUACUUUGGCUACGGAAUGUGGCACAGUGUGGAGCGCCAGCGCAAACUCCAGGGUCCUUCAAACAGCAACAACCAGGAACAUAAGAAAGCUGGCGGGGAGAAGCAGGCAGCAGGAGGAAGAGACCAGGAGAGUUUCAUCUGCCCAGAAAAGACUAGCCAGUUUUAGAAGUAAAAGACUCUGUGAGGCGACAGAUGCAUAAAAGCACACCGCAGCUCUGCCUUGAUGCACCUGUUUAUACAGCUUCACCAUGUGCCUCGGUCAUAAGCACAUUCAGCCUGCGAGGGCAGCAUCAGUACUCUGUAUCAGGGGCAGCAUGAUAUGGAGCUGCUCUAUCACUGAGAUGGAAACACAUCCUGUAGGUCACAAUGCGCUUUAUGGAAAGAAUGGAGGCAGAAAUAAGGACAGGUAACACACUGGAGAGUGAUGUUCAUUUACUUUAACAGUGAAUCAGUCAAUUUAAGACUGCAGCAACACUUUCUCUUUCUUCAUGGACUUUUUAGUGCAUGAUACACUUUUUGACUUUUCUGUUAAUCUUUGUAUUUGUAUGGACGGAAGCCCAAAGAGGCAAUUGAGAAAAGAAAAUUCUGGUGAUUAAUUUUCAAAGAUCAAUCUAAAUGGUUUUCUCUGGAAAAAGGAGGAACAAAAGUUUCAUUCUCAUCCCGAAAAAUAAAAAUAAGUCAAUAAUAGGUGGGGGGAAAUAAUAUUGAAAUGGCUUUGGGUGUUUUAUGUUUGUUUGUUGUUGUAAUACUUACUUUGGCCACUGGAGGCUGAAGACGCUCACCUUUUUUUUACAUAAAAAAACGUUUUCUUUCACACACUGAAAAUAAUGAAGUAUUAUUGAAAGAUAUUCCGAGCUAAACCUUUUUUCCACCAACUUCUUAAGUCGUAAACAAAGAUCAACACCAACUUAGGUUGGACUUGGCAAAUUAACCACCAAAUGUUUUAUUUCUUUUGUUGUCUCAAUGGCAUCUUAGGGCUUCCGUAUAGUCAGGUUUGUACAUGUGGGUUUUUUAAAUGUGAAAUCUUGGAAAUGUGUGUUAUCCUUUUAUUGUACCAUUGUUUUAUUAUUAGAUUUUGAUACACCAAUUAUGUACUACUAUUAAAAGUAACGUUAGUUUGUGGUAUAAACACUUAUUGUUCUUUGAUAAAAGUGUAGGACGGGGAGAAAUUAGCAACGUUAGCUUAAAUGCCCAUCAUAAUAAGGUUAACAUAUAUUUUAGAGCUGUUUUGUGUUAAUUGUUCAAUGUUAAUUGUUUUAUAUGCAUAGAUUUGAAAUUAUGAUAUGUAUAAAAAGAUAAUCAUUUAGACCAGGGGUGUCCAAACUUUUUGCACCGAUGGCCACAUACAGAAAAAUAUAUACGGAGAGCUGGGCCACUUAUAGAGGUGAAUAUUGCCUCAUAAGUGAAGUUAUAAGUUAGCAAAACAAAUCAAAUGUAGGUGAAUAAUGCGCGAUACUUUCAAGUGGUUUAAGGAAAAAACAGCCUACAUCCCAUCUCUCUUUAAGGUUUCAUUAAUUUUGUUGGCAGCUCAUUCCUUAAAACAGAAGCCUCAGAUUGCUGAUAAUAAGAGUAAAUAUGAAGGUUCAAUUUCAAGCUUGUUACAGAAAUACGUUAUUGGGCUUUUAUCAACUAAGAUUUGUUAGAAAAUGUUUUAAAUUCUAAAUGACUGAAUUUAUUUGAACAUUGGGAUCAUUAAUAUAUUUGAACAUAUAAGCAAUCAAAAGUUAUACUUUUAGAAUUUGCUGAGGGCCGAUUCAAAAUGGCGUGCGGGCCGCAUUUGGCCCCCGGGCCGUAGUUUGGACACCCCUGAUUUAGACCAAUGUACAAUAUGUUCAUUGUUUUUAGGCACUUAACAUGUUUUGACAUGGAAGUACGCAAAGUGCUUCUGUAGGUGUUAUGUAACAGAUCAUAUCAAUCUUUGCUGUAGGGUUAUUGAGGUGAGUGUGGCUUUAUUCAGCACAGGGUCUCUUUUUUAUAUUUGCUUGGGUGUGUUUUUAUCUAUGAACUGUUACAUCUGAAUAUGAAAACUGUUGUUUGAUACAGAACUCUACCGGAAAAGUAGUUUUACUCGUAUUGUUUUUCUCACUUUCGGAAUAUGACACUGUAUGAUAUUUUGUGCUAUUUUGAUACAGACAUGCUGGCAUAUUAACCUUCAUCUUAGACUAAAUUAGACUUUGAAACAAUGUAUUACAAGUUCAAAUAUUACUGUAUAUAUAUAAUAAGGUCUCCCUUGACACAUAAUUUAGCAAACAAAAGCCUGGAGUGUGUUCUGCUUUUUAGACAUUUUGUGCUGAACUGAAUCAAGUUCCACAUUCUUCAUGCUUCCCUCUGGAGCCGCCGUUUUUUUCUUUUUCUAUUAACUGUAAGUCUUAUUGAGCACCAGUGUUUUACACUAGGCCUACAAUCUUUCAUGAGGUCAAACACUGAGGAUGCUGGUGAUUGGUUGAAAUGUGCAGUGGUUUAAAUGAAUGUGGAACAAAUUCAGAAGCUAGUCUCAGCAGGGGUAAUAUGACUGUACUGAACCUACACAUUAACAGUGAGGUUAAAGUAAAUAGAAGCUAUGGUGCCAAGAUGUAGUAUCACUGCACACAGUACAAUAAAGGUAUUUUCCAGUAGUA